GACAACGUUAAAGAUGGCGACGUCCUCAUCAGCAGGACGCGUUUUGACUCUUUGCAAGCAGUUUCAAAAUGUCUUUCGGAUAUCCUCAGCGACGAACAGCACGCACUGUUCUUCUGCUUUGACCAAAUACCAGCCUCGUCUUUACAGGCAAAAGUCUCCCCUUGCUGCCCUGUCUUGGUACAGUCCCAGCAUCUCUGUGGGUCAGUGUCGAGCCUUGCACACAACCGUCUGCAGGAAAGGGCUGGAUGAGUUCUUUGACCUCCCUGAGAACUGGGGACAGGCCACCGUGAAGUCAGGUGCACCGUGGACUGCCAAACAACUGAGAACCAAGGGCAAUGAAGAUUUACACAAACUCUGGUAUGUGCUGUUAAAAGAAAAGAACUUGCUGGCAACACUUGAGCAGGAAGGAAAGAGACAAAGAGUUCAGAUGCCGAGUCCAGAAAGAAUAAGGAAGAUUGAGCGAUCGAUGAUCAGAAUGGAGACGGUGGUGAAGGAGAGAGAGACUGCACUGCGACUGCUGCAGACAGGACAGGAGAAAGGCAGACCAGGAGCCUGGAGGAGGAACACAUUUGGAUUUGUCUACUGGUAUCGAUUCAAAGAAUAUGCCAUUCCUUGGUACAUGAACAGAAAGUAUAAGCGAAAGUUCUUCUUCACACCCAAGUUUGUCCAAACUCACAUAAGGCUGCGCACAGAGAAGCAUCUUCGAAUGAAGGCCAGGAAAGUCAACUUGGAGAAGAGAACAAAGGCCAAACUCGAGGAGAAGUUUCCUCAAGUAAAAGUUUCUGCAUAAAUGUCAAGUGCAUGUUUUACAAUUAAGGAAUAUUGGACACCUGUUUAUUUAAUAUGAAUACUCGCAUCUCAAUUGGCUCAUCAAAUUAUUGAAGGUUGUCUCCAACUGUUGUCCUAUGUUGAGUAUGAGUGUUUGAUUUGUCUAAUUGAUAUUUGAUCCUAUAAGAAACUAUGCUACAUCACCCUGAAA